AUGAAAAUCUUGAAAAAGACCCAACCCCAAGAAUAAACUGCAGUCUAACCGAGGGCAAAUUUAUACCUGAAUGCUUUCAAUAAAUUUGAUCCGCAAGAAAUCUUGAAUAAAGAGAAGAUUAAUAAGAAUACUUAAUAAAAGAAUCUACUUCACUAAAUUUCCCAAUUACAAUUGUAAGUCGACCAUUAAAGAAAGGAAAUCGAAUCUUAAAUAAAUUAAAUUGCACUUUUGAAUAAACAGACCAACCAUUUGACCAACGAAAUCCAGGAGAAGAAUUUCUAACUAUAAAUCAAUGCCUAGACUAUCCAACAGUUGCAGACUAUCAACAUUCAAUAACAAUAGAUUAUAGAAAAUUUGUCACUCGAAAACGAGUAUAAAAAAUAAUUCAAUAAACUAUGCCACAAAAAAGAGUCAGAAUCCAUUACUGAGUUAAAAUCCAAAAUACAAAAUCUUGAAUCUGAAAUCAAUAAAACUAGAGCCACAUUCACUUUAUUUUCUCCAAAGAAUGAAACCUUUCAAUCUGAUUCCUAAUCUUUAAAGAAUAAAACAUUUGAUCCCGAAUUAUUAAGUGAAGAUGAAACAUUGACAUCUACUUUUGAGCCUUACUGUAACAGCACUUAACAGAGUUUCAAAAAGUCCGCAGGAUGA